ACAAAGAAAAGGAGUGGGGCGGUCCCUUUUUGCAAACCAACACAAACGCCGAAUCGAGUCAAUCGGCAUUCGGCCGUCCCCAGUCCACCGGAAAUAAUUGCCUUGAUCAGCAACGAUGGCGGGAGAUCCGGCCGCCGGGGUCGGCGGCAACGCCCACCCCGCGUCGGGGAGCAAGAGCUCCCGCUCGUCGACGCGGCACCGUCAGUUCCGCGACCGAGCCAAGGUCCGAGUCGACGACCUACAAGAGAUGUUCUGCGGCCUCCAAUCCGCUCGCAAGGAGAGCCGCUCCGCCGACGCCGCUGUCCUCGAGGAGCAGGUCCACCAGAUGCUCCGCGAGUGGCGUGCCGAGCUCAGCGUCCCAUCCCCGGCUUCCUCUCUCCAGAACUCGCAGGGGAACAACCGGGAGGCUUCGGAUCCACCGUCGGAUACGCUGCGACUGCUGCAGCUGGCGGUGCCCGAGGAGGAGGACGAUGCCAGCAGUAAGCUCCUGGUGCCCCCUUCUCGUCAGACCCACGAGCACGGGCAGGACAGCAGGAUGGCCAAUACUGAUCAGCAGUGUGAAGCUAUAGAUGGGGGCACUGCUCCUGCGCAGCACUCUCUAGGUCAGGGAGUGGAUGGAGAUUGUGGAGAAGUGUCUUCUGUUGCUAAUGCAAUGUUCAAUCAUCGGAUGUACUAUACAGACUAUGAACUUAAUAUUGAUGAUUUUCUGUGUGGUGAUGGUUACAAAAUAAAUAUUUCUGGUUCUAAUGAAGAUCAGUUCAAUAAUCUGCAUGGGAUUGGCCAGUUGGGACAUCAACAGUUUGAUUUGCCAUUAGAUUUGCCACCUACUCAUUCAUAUGCUGAUGCAAAUAACUCUGAGCAAAAUACUGGAGAUGUUUUUGUUCACAUGUCAGACUUGCUUACAACAAUAUGGCCGUCACCCUCUCAGUAUUUGGGGCCAAAAUGUGCACUUUGGGACUGUGGUAGGCCAGCUGGAGGGACAGAAGACUCUGGAGAUUACUGCAACCCUUACCAUGCUGGUUUGGCUUUGAAUGAUGAUGGUCUUCUUGGGAUAAGACCUGUGAUGCGUCCAAGAGGUAUUGAUUUGAAAGAUGGGCCACUGUUUGCUGCUCUCAUUGCAAAAGUUCAAGGAAAGAACGUUGGUAUUCCUGUGUGUGGAGGCGCUGCUACGUCUAAAUCCCCAUGGAAUGCACCUGAACUUUUCGAUCUUUCUCUUCUGGAGGGUGAAUCUCUUAGAGAAUGGUUGUUCUUUGAUACUCCAAGAAGAGCAUUUGAGAGUGGCAACCGGAAGCAGAGGUCAUUGCCGGAUUACGGUGGUCGUGGGUGGCAUGAAUCAAGGAAGCUGGUAAUGAAAGAUUUCGCAGGUCUGAAGAGGUCCUAUUACAUGGACCCACAACCAUCAAGCAGCCAUGAGUGGCAUCUUUUCGAGUAUGAGAUCAAUGCUUCUGAUGCCCUCGCCUUGUACCGUCUUGAGUACAAGUCCUCUGACCCCAAAAAGGGUGCUGCUAAGUCAAAACUGGCUAGUCCACUGAAUGAAAUCCGGCAGCGAAUGGGCAGGCUGACUGCAGACAGCCCUGUGGAAAACAAGCGGACUGCUAGGAGCAAGCCAAAGGCUAACCAGAACCAGAAGGAUACCAAUGCAAAUACCCGUCCACAUGUUAACACUCCCAAUCAAGUUAAUGCUCCAAAUGCUUAUCAGACAACGCAGCAGGUGAACCAAAUGGCAUUUCUGAAUGGAAACGUUGUUUAUGGACCUCACCUUCCACAUUCUGAAAGCGUCGUCUAUGGACCUCAUCUUCCACAUUCUGAAAACGUUGUCUACGGACCUCAUCUUCCACAUUCUGAAAACGUCGUCUAUGGACCUCACCUUCCACAGGGAUACUCAGCCGAAGGAAGCAGCUUCUUUUGGAACCCAAGUGACGGGACUUGAAGACGCAGGCAGCAUCAUGUAGCUGCUCAUGCAUUGCAUGGCACUUAUCAAGCAAAAACCUCUAACAUCAUCGACCAAGUUGGGGCUGAGUAGCUUGGCCCUUCACAUUUCUAAAUUCUAAAUGGUUGGUUUCUGCACGGGGGCCUGGCAGGUCGGUGUAUUUGAAUUUUGAAAUGCAGAGGUAUACUUGCAUAAACUCUGUAUAAUAUAGCCGGUGUCCAAGUUGCCAAUCUGAAUGUAAAUUAGUCUGCUGUACCAGUAACCAGUUGCUGCUUGGGUAUGUUAGAUUUGAGUCCUAAGUUCUUUGAGCCGUUUUUACUCUCGACCAUUUCAUUUUAUGUGCCUA